GGGAGGCUCUCAUCAUCACACCACACCCCAAAAUUAUCACCUCCUCCCCAGAGCACAACACCAGGCAAAAUACUCAAACCACACACAUUCACCCCAACCUUGCACAGAACCAGAAGAACCCCAAGUCGAUCCUACUGCUUGAGCUUGAGCUUCAGCUCGAGCUUCUUGGUUGGUUCUUGAUCUUUUUGUUGUUGCUUCGGUCGUUGACAUGGCCGCAACAUCGAUCUCCGCCGCGAACUUGAAAGGUGGGUUCGGGUCUUCUUUCCACGGGAGCUGGGGGAGCUCGACCAUGGGCGAGGACCACCAUGCUCUGAUGGCGAAAUCGGCAGUGAGAGUGAAGGUAGCGAGUAAGCCGGUAAGGUGUCAACCGAUGAUGAAGAACGUCAAUGAAGGUAAAGGGCUGUUCGCGCCAAUCGUGGUGGUGACCAGGAACCUCAUCGGGAAGAAGCCUUUCAACCAGCUCCGCGGCAAAGCCAUUGCUCUUCACUCGCAGGUGAUCACAGAAUUCUGCAAGUCGAUUGGAGCGGAUGCAAAGCAAAGACAAGGGCUGAUCCGAUUAGCCAAGAAGAACGGAGAAAAGCUGGGGUUCCUUGCCUAGGACGAAUCCAAGUUUGAUCGUCGGUGCAUUUGUUUAUUUCAUGGGACGAGAAUGUUUUGGUCCAAUUAGCAUAUAAAUAUAUAUAUGUCCGAUCUCCCCCACAUACAAUUUCUACUGGCUUGUUGCUAGGGUUUCCAUGUAAUGUAGUCAUAUACUUUUGCCUCACGAGCUUCCUCAUAGUCAAAUCCAGUUCUUAGUUGUUGUAACCUAUCGCUUCUCGAUGGCUUAAUGAACUCGCCUUCAAAGAAAA